AUGUCUUCAACCCCCGAACAAACUUACGGCUUCACCCCCGUCCCCUCCUCCCCCAACACCCUCUUCACCACCUCUUCCAUCUUAGAAUCCAAAAUCCCACCACCAUACACCCCAGUCUCCUGCACACCCAUCCCAUCAACCCCCCUCUCGCAACGCAUCCAAGCCUACGCAAAAGCUCAUCUCCCGGAACCAACCUACAACCACUCCCUCCGCGUCUACCACUACGGCCUCGCCAUAAAACGCUACGCAUUCCCGGAGUGGGAAUUCGACGACGAGACCUAUUUCCUCACGUGCGUGCUUCAUGAUAUCGGAACGACGGGGGAGAAUCUGCGCGGGACGCGGUUGAGCUUCGAGUAUUUCGGCGGAUAUCUGGCGCUCGAUGUCUUGCAGCACGAUCAGGACGACGAUAAGAAGGGACGCGCCGUUGCGCCCCGCGCCCAGGCCGAGAGCGUAGCCGAGGCGAUUAUCCGGCAUCAGGAGCUGAGGGAUGUUGGAAGUAUUACGGCGGUUGGGCAGUUGGUGCAGUUGGCUACGAUUUUCGACAACACCGGUGGCCACGCACACCUCGUCCACGAAGACACGGUCAAGGAUGUGAUUGAGCGCUAUCCGCGGCUCAAGUGGAGUUCUUGUUUCGCGAGGACGGUUGAGGAGGAGGUUGGCUUGAAGCCGUGGGCUCAUACGACCGUGUUGGGGGAUUUCAAGGGGCAUAUUCUAGGGAAUCCUUUUAAUCGCUUUGAGUAG